AAUAAGAAAAUUAACAAUUUCCAGAAUAUUAGUACACUAGUACAGAACUACAGAUCGGUCGUUGGAUUACAGAAUGAGACUUUCGUAUUGGAAAGUUUGAUUUUUCGUUUCACAACGGAAAUCUUUCGCUUCAAGUUCCCCUGAAAUGUGAAAACCUGAUUCCCGAAAGAGAAAAUUCAAACCCUUACAGCAUUGAUUUUUGGUUACGUCACCCGCCGAUACUUCUUCGCUUCCCAAGCUCCGAGAUUCCCCAAUGGAGGCAUCCACUGCUACUACCACCACAACUAGCGCCCGAGCGCAGCCCUUUGGCCAGACCGAGAUCAAUUGGGACAAGUUGGACAAGACUAAGUUUUAUGUGGUGGGAGCUGGGAUUUUCACUGGGGUUACAGUAGCAUUGUAUCCCAUGUCUGUUAUCAAGACCAGGCUCCAGGUUGCUACAAAGGAUACGGUAGAGAAGAAUGCAUUUUCUGUCAUCAGAGGGUUACUGAAGUCAGAUGGUAUACCUGGUCUAUACCGAGGCUUUGGCACCGUGAUAACUGGGGCAAUCCCUGCUAGGAUUAUCUUUCUCACAGCUUUAGAGACCACAAAAGUGGCUGCUUUCAAAAUGAUUGAACCGCUCAAUUUAUCUGAAGCUCCGCAAGCAGCUGUGGCAAAUGGGAUUGCUGGCAUGACGUCGUCUUUGUUUUCGCAGUCGGUGUUUGUUCCAAUUGAUGUGGUCAGUCAAAAGUUGAUGGUGCAAGGAUAUUCUGGUCAUGAGAGAUAUAAGGGGGGUAUCGAUGUUGUUCGUAAGAUUGUCCGGAGUGAUGGAAUCCGAGGAUUAUAUAGGGGAUUUGGUCUUUCAGUCAUGACAUAUUCCCCAUCUAGUGCUGUAUGGUGGGCAAGCUAUGGUUCAAGCCAACGCAUUAUAUGGAGGUUUUUAGGUUAUGGAACUGAUGCUGAGCCAGCAGCCCCUAGUGACUCGAAGAUAGUCGCUGUUCAAGCUAGUGGAGGGAUUAUUGCAGGAGCUACUGCUUCCUGCAUCACAACCCCUUUGGACACUAUAAAGACACGUUUGCAGGUAAUGGGGCAUGAAAGGAAAAGUACUGCUAGACAGGUGGUCAAAACCUUGGUAAAGGAUGAUGGUUGGACUGGUUUAUACAAAGGGUUGGGCCCAAGAUUUGUCAGCAUGUCAGCAUGGGGAACCUCCAUGAUACUAGCAUAUGAGUAUUUGAAGCGCUUGUGUGCAAAAGAUGAAUAAACAGAAAGACUCUGGACAUUACAGUGGCCAACAACAUCUUGUUGAAGGAAUGAUGGGAAUUUUUGCUCUUGAUCAGGAAUCUCUACGACUUCUUGAGAUGUCUCUUUCAACAAAUUCGCAAGAGAAUGUUUUAUUUUUGUUGUUGGCUGAAACUGCCAUGGCCAAAGAGGAGGAGCUAUACCAAUAAAUCUUGAUCAGUUGCAGAUUUUUUUGGAAAGCCACAUGGAUCAAAUCUACGAUUCUUUGAUUACAUAGAAGAGCCCUUUCAUUAUUAUUCUCCCUUGAGGGCGAAAUUUUAACGUGAUUACAAGAUUGUAACGCCUGUAUUGUUUUCUUUUUCCCUUACCGUUAAAGUGUAUGUGUGUAGGAAAACUUCGAGUUCUUCUGACGAUUAGUUGUGUACUAUUGCUCAUUGAUAGUAGUAAUAAAAGGAGAAGAAACAAGUUGAUUUCUUCAUCGGAGAAUUCUCAUUUCGCACUAAAAAAACAUGCGACUCCUAUGUAUCGAAAGAUUGUAUCAUUGUAUGUAAUAAAACUUCUGC